UGACUGGCUUUAAUGGCUGCUGAGCGCCGGGGCGCGCGCCCUGGCCAGCACAACGUUCCAUUGCCUCCUCCCCUUCCUCCUCCCCCCGCUGCUCCGUCCCAGUCCCCGCACGAGCAGGGCUAGCAAGCAGCUCGAGCAAGCAGUUCGGUGCGACUUUGCAAAGCUGGACGCGCAGGGUUGCCUGUCUUUCCUGGUCUUCGCGGGAAGGAAGGCUUCGCUUCUGUGUCUAUCGCGCGCAAAAGAGGGGGGGUCGGUGGAGAGUUUCGUGCGCGUCCUAGAAGCCGAGAAGACGACCGAGGGGAGGGGAAAAAAGGAGACCUGCUUCCAGCUCCGGCUCUGACUUGGGAGUGGACCUGUUUGCCUUCCCCUACAUGCCCGCUUUGGAGGGCCUGACUCAAGAGGGAACUGCAGGAGAUCACCUUUGAAGCCUCGGCGCUUGCUCCUUCUUGCCUGAGCAGUCAACCCGCGGACGGAACGUGCUGCGUGCCCCUGCCUGGCCCCUUGGAAAGGGGAGGCUGCAUUGACGCCGAAUUGAAUCGUUGGCGGUCCUGGAUGAAUAAGGCUUCGAUGGCGAUUGCUCCCUACUCAGCCCCUAUGUGAAUCCCUUUGCCCGAGGAUCAGGCCUGCGGAGUGUACCAGCCAUGGCGAGCAACAGCAGCUCCUGCUCCACGCCGGGGAGCGGGCAUCUCAACAGCUACCCAGUCCCACACUAUGCAUUCUUCUUUCCACACAUGAUCGGGGGCCUUUCGCCUCCAGGAGCUCUGCCAGGGAUGCAACACCAGCUGCCGGUCAGCGGGUACAGCACGCCAUCACCAGCCACCAUUGAAACGCAGAGUACCAGCUCGGAAGAGAUUGUGCCCAGCCCCCCUUCACCGCCCCCACUGCCCCGAAUCUACAAGCCCUGCUUUGUGUGCCAGGAUAAGUCUUCUGGCUAUCACUAUGGGGUCAGCGCCUGUGAAGGAUGCAAGGGCUUUUUCCGCCGCAGCAUCCAGAAGAACAUGGUGUACACCUGUCACCGCGACAAGAACUGCAUCAUCAACAAAGUGACGCGGAACCGCUGUCAAUACUGCCGCCUGCAGAAGUGCUUCGAAGUUGGCAUGUCCAAGGAGUCCGUCCGGAACGACAGGAACAAGAAGAAGAAAGACGCCCCCAAGCAGGAAUGUUCGGAGAGCUACAUCAUCACGCCGGAGGUGGAGGACCUCAUAGAGAAAGUGCGCAAAGCCCACCAGGAGACCUUCCCUGCCCUCUGCCAGCUGGGCAAGUACACCACGAACAACAGUUCGGAUCAGCGGGUCUCUCUCGACAUCGACCUGUGGGACAAGUUCAGUGAGUUGUCCACAAAGUGUAUCAUCAAGACAGUCGAAUUCGCCAAGCAGUUGCCGGGCUUCACCACACUCACCAUCGCCGACCAGAUCACGCUCCUGAAAGCCGCCUGUCUAGACAUCCUGAUCCUACGGAUAUGCACGCGCUACACCCCGGAGCAGGACACCAUGACGUUCUCGGACGGCCUGACGCUCAACCGCACUCAGAUGCACAACGCAGGCUUUGGGCCCCUCACAGACCUGGUCUUCGCCUUCGCCAACCAGCUGCUGCCACUCGAGAUGGAUGAUGCUGAAACAGGGCUCCUCAGCGCUAUCUGCCUCAUAUGUGGGGAUCGGCAAGACCUGGAGCAGCCGGACCGCGUGGACAAGUUGCAGGAGCCACUGCUGGAAGCCCUGAAAAUCUACGUGAGGAAGAGGAGGCCUAGCAAGCCCCACAUGUUCCCCAAGAUGCUGAUGAAGAUCACGGACCUGAGAAGCAUCAGCGCAAAGGGUGCUGAAAGAGUGAUCACGCUGAAGAUGGAGAUCCCUGGAUCGAUGCCGCCGCUGAUCCAGGAGAUGCUGGAGAACUCGGAAGGCAUGGACACUUUGGGGGCCUCGGCGGGAGCCCCGUCGCGCAUAGGAAGCCUCGCCCCCCCUCCAGGAAGCUGCAGCCCCAGCCUCUCCCCCAGUUCCAACAGAAGCAGUCCUGCCACACAUUCGCCGUGACCGCAGCGGCCACCGGGACAAGCUGCUUGACCCCCACCCUCCCGGCUGCCUGCUGCACACUUUGGUCUUUUGCUCCCUGGGGCCUGCCUGGACAAACGUCUGAGGAGCAGGGUUGGGGCAAGGGGGCAGGGAGCCAUGGGACAGCAGGCCGCUGCAAGUGGUCGCUCCUCCCUCCCCUCCACGGCACUGCGUGGGCUGCUGUUGGGCCCGAGGGGGGUGGGCUUACACGUACUGUUCCAUGCCAGCACGCUACCCUUCGUUCAACGGUUCCAGCAAAACAGGGUUCCACUUUUGCAAUGAAGACCGACCCCCCCCCCUAUUUGCGGGACAUUCCCCGCCCCCCCCCCCUUGGAGAGGCACAGAUCAUCUGAUCCAGGAAGUUCUGGACUCUGCGGAUAAAGAUCAACGAGCCAAUCUGAAGGACAGAAGCUCAAAAUCUAGGAGCGAGACUUUACAUACAUAUAUAUAUCUAUAUAUAUAUAUAUAUAUUAAAAGAAAACCCAACUGAUUACAGAAAAAUUCACCUCCUAUGUGGCACGCAUCCCCUCCCCCCUCGACACACACACUCUCACCCUUGUCGUGCACACAUUAUACACCUUCACUAAGGAGUUGCCUGCUUCUUGUUGCAGUGAAAAUGAAGUGGUGUUUUUUCUUUUCUUCCCGGUUGAGUUUGCAUUUCAGAUGUUUCAGGGGAAAGGGUGUAAUGUUUUCUUGUUUUCUGUUUCCUGUUUUUUUAUUUUAUUGCUCCGUUUCCAUCCUCGACUUGACCACCCAAAGUUAACCUUUCUCUCUUUACCCUGCCUUUCCCCACUCCUUGUCCACCCCACCCCCCCACAUGCCUAAAAAAAAAAAAAUCCGACACCAGCAAAUAAUUAAAAAAGAAAGAGAGAGAGAAGUAAAAUUAGUUCUUCAGGGUUUUUCUUCUACACAUAGAAAGGAGGAGGGAGAGAAGGAUUCAUUCAUUUAAGAAAGAAGAAAUAUAUAUAUAAAUAUAUAUAAAAUAUAUAUAUAUAAAUACAUUUUAAAAGAAAACUUUGUAAAAGUUUGGAAUUUGGAAGAUUUCUAGGAGGAGGGUGUGGCAAGGAGAAAAUCAGGGUGGUUGGGACACAGAUUCUCCUACCGGCUGGGUCACAAUUUUCUUUUAAAAUGCUAACCCGUAUUAUCUAGCCACAGUUGAGCACUUUUAAAAUCAGUGUGAGAUAAAAGGUACUUAACUUUG